AUGAAUUCAUAUCCGCCCGAACUUUUGACGCAACUCGCGCCUGUGAUGUUUGUCGCUGGCCUCGACGUCGCGACACCUCCAGAAUCUACACCCCCAUCUACCCCACAGCCGCCUACACCGUCCGGCGGGCGACCCCAACAGGAUCCGUUCACCGUUCUCACAUUGCGUCUGCGCGACGCGCUGGUCGCGCAGCGGAAGGUUGCCAUAUGGCAGCCCGAGAAGUCCAAGACUUUUCAGGUCAUCCUUGUCGAGAAAGAAGUACGCUUUCCGCCGCGCAAACUUGCCCCUCUAGAUGACACCCACUACACCAACGCGCACUCGCCUUUAUCACCGCUGACUCCUUCCUCACCUCUCCAUCCCGACGGCUUGAUCGCGCCUAUCUGGGUCCGGAAGCACACAGCUCUUGUUCCAUCUGUGUUUGUCUUAUUCAUGAAGCUCUACGAAACACCUGUGCAACCACCUCGAUCGCCACUAGACGCGCAAGAUCCCGACCGUGAGCGCGAACGCGAACAGGAGGAGCGACGGCGGGACAUGGAGCUCUCUUCGGAGGUCGCGCAGAGGAAGAAAUCGACGAAUGAGCGAAAUAUCAAGCUCACCGUUGUCCUUAUGGCGAGCAGGAGGAUGCUAGACGACCCUGCAUUGGAUGCAAGGCUGACAUUUAUUCGGAGGCAGAGCGGACUCGACUCGAGAGCUGCCCUGUUUGUACUGAGUCCCGUGAGCCCUUCGGAGCUGAGCGAUUUCGUGAAGAGUCUCCAGCAAGCCUUAUAUGAACCGGCCGUGGAGUACUAUACUUCCCACUCGAAGCGCGUGCGUCGGAAGCGAAAUCGACACGGGCAGUCUACAACUUCGUAUGUCGGACCUAUGUCUCCGAUUGGGUCUGCGGGUAUCGCGCGCCCGCUCAGACCUGAAGGGUGGACGGUGAGAUAUGAAUAUAAAAUGGCCUGCUUCGCUGAGUUUCGUGGUGAAGACGAGGUUGCGCUCAAGCAUUAUCAGGACGCGUAUUCAACUGUGACCAAUAUGUUUGGAUCUACAGCGAUAUUGCCGCCUAGGACAAAGCGGUGGGCAGAGGCCAAAGUACUCACCGAUUGUAUAAACAUCAAGCACAACAUCCACAUGCGAAAGUUCGGUGACUUUUCGCGUGGGUGGGGCAUCGGUGAGGAGACAUUCGAAUUUUGGAGCUGGAUCGCGAGACAACAUCGGAUUUUUGCGGAACUGCUCGAGCAGGGCACCAGAUCGACGUUGACACUGCCGAAGCACACUCCAGUCGCGACGCCAUCGCCGGCGGCAGUGGCCGCCUCACUGCAGAACACGCAGCGAGGGAUACUGGAGGUUGACACGAUGCGGGUGCUUGGGUUGAAUCCGAGCCAAGCGUUGCAGCAUCCAGGGUUUUACUACUAUAUGUCUGCAAGGGCGACGGAAAAACGGAGGGAGCAGUAUUUGGCAACGAUAGAAACGAAUCCGGCGCAGAAUAACUCUCCGGGCUUUGCGAAUGAAAGGAAGGUUGACCAUUUGACCAUCAUACUCGAGAUGUACACCAAGUCGUACGAACUUUUCAAGAAGCACAGUGCUUCCAACGGUCAAGGCCAGGGCCGCCUGACGCUGCACAUAGCAUAUCGGAUUGCACAAACGUACCAUGAAUCAGGUAAAUUCGAUAUGGCUGUACGGUUCUUUGAACGUAUAGCGCGCACGUACCGUCGUGAGAAAUGGGGGUCAAUGAUCCGUCCUCUCCUAUGGACGUGGUAUCGGUGCGCUCAACAGCUUGGGGACGUCGAGCUCAGCGUAAAAUUGUUGGUUGAAAUGCUAGGCCAUGGAACAAUAUCUGAAAACGACGAGGAUGCUUCAAUCGAAGAGGAUCUGCUUGCUGUUCUCCGGAGCACAGUCCCUUCCACUCCGAAUGAUGCCUUGGUGGUCGACCUUGCCGAAUCCGAGCCCAUCUUCGACUCGAAUGUCAUGUUUUGGAAUGCCGAGGCGACUGUCGACGAGCCGUCCGCCUUCCAGCUAUCUUUGGCCACACCAAAUCACAUCUCUCUCUCCUCCUUGACGUUUUCGUCCCUAUCGAUCUACUUCUCCACUUCGAGGCACCCGUUCGUCAUCCGCCACUCGGCUGGUGACGCGCCCAAUGUCGGUAAUCAUACCCUCAGGAAAGUCGACUUGGGCGCCAUACCUGCCGAGGUGACCACCGAUGUGCACGAGACAGCGGCAGAUCUGAGGUGGGGCCGCGGUUCGACGAUCGUGUUCGCCGGUACUAUAGCAUCGGACGUUCCGACAACGAUCACCAUAUCGAAAGCAGUGCUGACACUCCAAGAAGGUAGCUGGACCGUAGAGAUACCCAUAGAACUGUCUUCGGUUCGCGAGGGCGCAGUAAAGAAUCCCAGGUGGUUGAUGUCUGUCGAACCGGUAAAUUAUGUGCCAGUUCGCCGAAACAACAGCUCAGAGAUAACUGUCCAUCAUCGGCCUCACCUUCUGCAAGUAUCGCUUUCACAUCAUGCCCCUGCGUAUUUGGAUGAAGAAUAUCCGAUCACCAUCGACAUCACGAAUUUGGAUACUCGUGUUCUCAACGUCGUGCUUGAUGUGCUGCUUCAGCCGACUGAAAUAGACGAAGCUAUGAACGACAUUCGGAUAGACGAGGAGCGGUCCUCCGGACUCAUCAAAGGUGUUGAUUUGGGUGCAAUAUCUCCUGGCGUAACCGUUCUCAAAAUAUUGUACCUCACGAAUACUGGCGCCAGUGGAGAUCGCAUCCUCGAUAUAUCCAUUCAAUCACGGACGUUCACCACAGCGAACAAGGCUGCGAGCCCAAUAUCGCCUCCAAGUCCGUCAUUAGAUCACUCAGACACGAGCGAGAGCUUGCAGACACUUGUGAUACCGACGGUAAACGCGAUGAAGAUAGCAUUUGACGUCACGUAUACCCGGGCGAGUCGAUCGUCUGCUGGCUUGGUUGACUUGAGGAGUUACGAAGACGAGUAUUGGGAUGACGCCGACGGUGGAGAAGCCCAGGUGGAGGCGAGGUGGGAGUGUGUCGGUCCUUGGAGUUUGAGUGUUGAGAAAGUGAGACUGGUCAGGAAGAACGGCUCGCAUGCGAAGGUCCUUGAUUGUUCUCUCGACGAUGAUGAAGAUGACAUCGCAUCUGAGUGGCUUCCAGGAGAUGAGUUCUCGGCAGUCUGCCACGUGAGUCUAGCCCUCGAAGAUGAUCCACUCGAGGAAGAUGUCAUUGCAGGACCAGGUGAAUACGAACUCACAUGGCGAAGGGUCCUCACUAACGGAGAUCACGGCCCCCUUUGCACAACUGUGUUCCCUCUGCCUGUUCUACGUCCCCCGAAGGAUGAUUUGAUCGCACUUCUAGAACUUCCCUCUUCCGCUCGACUUCAUGUGCCGUUUCAUGCAUAUCUUACAAUCCGCAACCGUCACCCAACACGCACGGCUACGGUCACCGUGCAGCUCGAGACAGACAUUUCUGAUGCCUUCAUCGCUGCAGGCUUGCGCAGUGGACGCGUUCCCACUCUUCUUCCCGGUGCGGAGGAGCGCCUUACGUGGACAUUCGUGCCCAUCGAGUGUGGGUUCGUUCACGUUCCGAAGAUUGUUGUAACAGAUAGGCGCAAGACUCUGGCAACUUCGUCGGAAAGCGGUACUUCGGCUCCACUAGAGGGGGUCGGGGAAAUGGUGACAGUUGUGGACACACGGAGAGAGGCUCGCGGCGAGGAUAGCACCGCGGGAAAAAAGGGAACCAGCUUGGAGGAAGCGGAGGAGCGGCCUGCGUCACCUGGGAAGGUCACUGGUGCAACUGGUUACCUCGGCUCUGUUGUUGUAGAUCAGCUGCUUGAUGCUGGUUACAAAGUCCGGGGGACCGCACGAUCUGCUAAAGUAGCACACCUCCGUUCUGCGUUUGCUAACCUCGGGGCCGAGUUCGAAGUCGCUGUAGUGGACGACCUCGUUACAUCAGACUUGACAGAUGCUUUCAAAGGUGUCGACGUUCUCGUGCACGUUGGCUCGCCCAUUCCUUUAUCAGGCACUCCUGCUGCCGAGAUUUUGAAGACCGCUAUCACAGGAACCGAAAGGGUCCUCAGGUAUGCGCUCGAUGCAGGCGUUAAGAAAGUUGUGGUGACUAGUAGCGUCUCCGCCCUGUCUCGUGACGAAACCUUGUGGGAAAACGUCACGAUCGGCGAGGAUGACUGGAAUCCCCAGACUUACGAGGAAGUAUCGGGUCCUCACGCUACACUAUACGACGCAUACUGCGUUUCGAAGAAGCUCGCGGAACAAGCAGUAUGGAAGUUUGCGAAAGAAAAUCCGGAGAUCAUGCUUCCUACUGCAAUAUAUGGUCCUGGAGGCCGUGGCCAGGUCCUGACCACACCUGCCGGAGGAACAAACUCUUUCAUAUAUACACUCAUUCAAGGUCCCAGAGGGCGACCCCUGCAAGACCAAAAACCCUACAUCACCUCCUUCACCCACGUCAAUGACGUCGCACGCGCUCAUAUCCUAGCACUCAAUGUCGCUCCUUCCGCUAAGCCGAACAGGAUCAUCAUUUCCGCCGGCAAAUUUACCUGGAAAGAGGCGGUAGACUAUUUGGCGAAGAAGCGCCCCGAGCUUAAGGACAGGCUACCUGUUGUUACAGGCACAGAGAGGGUAUACGAUACGGUCACGUAUGAUGCCAGCAGUGCUGCGAAGUUGAUUGGGCUGACAGAGUAUAUUAGCUGGGAGGAAACACUGGAAAGUACUAUAGACGAUAUCUUGCGGCGCGAGGCCGAGCUAGGUAUCGAUGCUACAGCUUCAUCUCAACUCGUAGAUUCGUAG